AUGAAAGGGAAUACGAGGAUGGCUCCGCUGUCGUCAAGUGAGGACAUGACAAACGAAACGGUUGAGUUUGGUUCACGCGCGCGGCGGCCAAGCACCUCCGUCUACGGGACAGACGGCGGCGGCCACCGCGGCGCGGGGUCGCAGCAUCGACCCACUUGGAACGAGGAGGCGGGCGGGCCCGAGACCGGCUCGGGCUCGCAACUGCCUUUCCUCGGUGGAUGCAAUGAUUAG